GAAAACUACACAUAAACCUAAAGUUAACAUAAUCCUUCAAUUAGAGACUAUAAAUAGAUAACAAGUCCUCCACAACUUUCUCAUUCCAUUUCUUUAUUUCAUCUUUUAUUAGUUACUCAUUUCUUGAUUCAAAUCAUCAUGGCUGAGGAGAAGCACCACCACCACCUUUUCCACCAUGAAGAUAAGUCUGGUUAUGUUGAAGAGGUUGACUAUAGAAAAGAGGAGAAGCACCACAAACAUCUUGAGCACCUUGGUGAGCUUGGAACUGCAGCUGCUGGUGUCUAUGCCUUGCAUGAGAAGCAUGAGUCAAAGAAAGACCCUGAACAUGCUCACAAGCACAAGAUAGAGGAGGAGAUUGCGGCGGCUGCCGCCGUGGGAUCCGGUGGUUUUACCUACCAUGAACACCAUGAGAAAAAAGAAGCUAAGAAAGAAGAUGAAGAGGCUCAUGGAAAAAAGCACCACCAUCUCUUUUGAUGAACAUGAUAAUUAUAAUCAAGCUCAGAAAGAUCACAUAGGGUUUGUUAUGUGCUAUUUGCAGGGUAUUUAAAUAAAGUUUGAGCUAUGAUUUGGAGAGUGUUUGAUUUUCUAUAGUUUGUUAUUUAUUUGCAUAUAUAAGAUGUGUAUUGUGUUUGAAUUAUGUUUAAACCCUUAAAGAUGUGUGUAAGGAAAUGUUUGAAUAGUAAUUCCAAGAGUUUGAUCUAA